UCCACCGCACUUGCUGCCUGAAACACCACCGUCUGCUCCCUCUAGUCCGAUUCCUGGAACCGUCCAUGUGUACUUGAGUGUCUCUCUAGCCGUCCAUUGGCGAAUAAGAUCGCCCUGCCACUACUUCAGCUGCUCAAGCUGGUCAGCCAGCUGCAUCGCCGCCCCUGUCCCCGCCGGCCGAUCGCUACUACUAAUUUUCCCUAUCUGAGCCAUAACCUUUUCCAUCCGUGCAGCUACACGAUCCGCGUUGCAAAAUGCCACGUUCCAAGAGCCUUUAUUCAGGUGGUGCCAGUCGCAUAUGCUUGUGUCGUCCGGCCAUGGUAGAUAGCGUGGGGUCGCGUCGUGCGACCACUCUCCCUCCUGGUCAAUACACUCGAAUCUCUCCAGGAAGCUCCAGAUCUUUGUGGGAGAAUCCAGCACAGAACCCGGGAUUUGGGCCCAGAGGAUCGGCAGAGGGUUGGAGGGAGGAGGGUUAGUGAGGGGAGGGCCAUCAGCCUGAGGCAAAGAGCCUGUGAUGGAUGAGAGCACGGCGGGAAGUAAGGGAGGGCCAGCCGAGGCGAGUGGAGAGCGAGAGUCGUCAGGAGUAUGGUGAGAAUCGGCGGUCGUCGUUUGAUCACGAUACGUUAAUAGGUCAGCUUGACCCGGAGAUUGGGACUGGAUAACCCAGCCAGUAUGUAAUCUCCCGGACUCAACUGUUGCUGGCUCGGAGGACGCUGCCGGCUCGGACUCGGAGGAUGCUGCCGGCUCGGACUUGGAGGACGCUGCCGGCUCCGGCUCGGAGGAUGCUGCCGGUUCCGGCUCGGAGGACGCUGCCGGCUCCGGCUCGGAGGACGCUGCCGGCUCCGGCUCGAAGGACGCUGCCGGCUCCGGCUCGGAGGACGCUGCCGGCUCCAGCUUGGAGGACGCUGCCGGCUCCAGCUCGGAGGGCGCUGCCGGCUCCAGCUCGAAGGACGCUGACAGCUCCGGCUCGGAGGGCGCUGCCGGCUCCGGCUCGGAGGACGCUGCCGGCUCCGGCUCGGAGGGCGCUGCCGGCUCCGGCUCGGAGGACGCAGCGGACUCCGGCUCGGAGGACGCUGCCGGCUCGGGCUCGGAGGAUGCUGCCGGCUCGGGCUCGGAGGACGCUGCCGGCUCGGGCUCGGAGAACGCUGCCGGCUCGAACUCGGAGGAUGCUGCCAGUUCAGACUCCGAGCCAGCCCAGUCUGCCACUGCUUGACCACGAUCUGCUUGUACCGCGAGUCCUCGAUUGCCAUGGUCGGCUUGACUCAAACGCAGAGAAUCAUGCGACCGAACCCAGUCACCAAAGAGUCGCCCGGAUUCAACUAUUGCUGCUGAAUCGGCUACUAGUGUCGCCGACGGCACGGGUUCCACGAGAACCUUGGACGAAGCAGUUACUACAGUGGCGAAAUGUGGCGACUUUGGCAAAGCGGAGAGAAUCUGGUCCUGACUCAGGAGGAGAGGAGAGGAUCGGCGGUCCGGCGAGAGCGAGAAUGGCAGAACAGCGAGAGCUAUCAUAGCGAAGACAGAUUGAACAAUGCCAUUGGCUGCUCGCCUAACUUGGGGCUUUGCUGUCGCUUCUUCAGAUCCUAAAAUCAUAUUACGGAUUUUGCAGGCGUCUGUCGGUAGCUUGCACGGUCGCGGUGCCAGUGGCUAAGAUGCUACUCCAUAUCCCAAGUCUAUAUGUAACAAGACAGAUGCGAAAUCGUCACUCCCGAUUUCGCCAACUCAACUCAAUUUGAUUUCGAGGUCGAAACCCAUCCUCGGAACAGACCCUUGGGCAAUUCGAAGGUUGAACGCAACCUCGAAUUGUUCAACCAGUCAAUCUGAGUUUCCAACCUUGGGAACAACUACA